GCCGGCAACGUAGAGAUCCGAUCCAACGUGGUACCGAUAGCGCGGCUCCUUCGAGACCGACGCUCACCGUCGGUACGGAGACGUUCUUCGAUAUCGACGUCGCUUUAUCAACGAUCGUUAACGGGCCUAACUCUCCCGAUAUCCUCUCUUGUCGACGUUCGAUACGACGAUCCACGGUAGCAUACGACGGAAUACGAUGGAGUCCAAGAUCGUUGGGAACGGUCGAGUACGAGGUCUCGUCCAUCCGACGAGAUACUCCGAAGAGAACGGGUGAUCGAUAAUUAUCGUGUCAUCGUCGUGUGCACUGUCGCAAUGUCUAAAGAAAAGCGCACGAUGAUCUUUUUUACGAAGGUCCUUGCUCUUUGCGACGCGCGCGAGAAAUUGUGAUUAAGAUUUGACAGAAGAUUGAUUGGAAAAAGAGUUGGGGAGGAGGUUCCAUUUGACGACAUAAAUUUGAAAUACGACGUCUCCUUUAAUCUCCAGGCAGGAGAACUACGUUGGCACGGUCGGCGUGGUAAUUCAAACGAGUCCUAAACGAAUAGAAAGUGGAUCGAAGAUAGGAGGACUCUCGUUCGACUCUGGUAACAGUCCUCCUUACCUGGUUUCAGAGAUGCAACCGUGUUCAAAGAUCGCGUCUCUGCAAUUACGAAGGAAUAGAAAGAUUCCGGAGCUUUGCUCUUCGCAAACGAAAGAGCAAAGGCACGGAUGCAGAGGCAAAAAGAAGGUUUUCGACCUUUCGCCGGAGUCGAUUAUCGCGGAUAUGCUCUGGACGAAGGAGGGGGCGGUAAAGGGUCACCCACGCGACCGAGAGAAAGAGAAGAAAAAGCCGAAGAAUCCCUUAAUGAUCUAAACCAGGCACGAUUUUGAAAUUCGAUUCGUUCGCUCGUUCGCUCGCUCGCUCGCUCGUUCGUCAAAGCGAAUCGACUCGACACUUUGCGAAUCUUCGUUUCCGCAAACGGAAAUAUCCCGAGCGAGCUUUAAUCGAAUGCAACGUCGCGAGCUUUGCUUUUUAUCCCAACGGCGGAUCGAUACUCGCGAGCGUUACUUUGGUCCAACGAGCGAGCGCGUUAAUCGAGCCGUGCGUUUCUCGCUCGCGCGUACGAUGUGAAAGGAGCUAUUUCGCCUUAUUUCACGUUUUACGCAAAAAUCGAUAGGACUUAGGUACGCGCGUGACAUGGGUUGUACGUACGGACGUGGACGCAACGGCGUUCGUCCGAAGCGUGCCGUCGAUCGGUAAGCUCUCGGAUGCGAGCGAUCGCCUGGCUCUACUUACCCCCCUCGACGAGGGACACCACGAACGCUCCGAAAGGGAACCUUUCGAAAGGUUUCGAACGAAGGAGAAAACAUUGAUACGAGCGAGGUGCGCCCACGCUCGUAACAAUAGUCUUCUCCUGGAGCGAAGGAAGGAAGGAAGGUCACGUGCGCAGGCGCCCAAGCGAAGGAGCGGUUUGUUGGCAUAAAAAUGGCUUUAAAAUUGCCACGGCGAUAUCGAAAGAGCGCGGCGCGAGAACGAGGGAAAGGAACGUGGCGCGAGAGGUGCUACUGACCGAAGGAGGACGAAGGAGGACGAAGGAGGGCGAAGGAGGACGAAGGAGAACGAAGGAGGACGAAGGAGUACGAAGCGGUCAGAAGGGCAGAAGGCUGGAGGAGCGAAUCCGCCGAUCGGCACGGAGAUUCGACGAUCGAGUCGAGGAAAUGGGUAGAAAGGGAAGGACGGACAACGCCGGUCGCGAGAAGAAGAGAGAAAGCUCGCUGCGAAGGUUUGACCGAUGCUGCGAGCGAGCGAGCGUGCGGGCAGAGGGGAAGAGAGAGCGAGAGCGAGAGCGAGAGGGAGCUACGGUCGCAGGAGAGAGGACGCAGGAUAGCGGUACUAGCGCAAAGGGGACGGUGGGGAAGCCGGCGAAGCUCGAGCUGGAGCGAGAGAGCGAGCGAGAGAGAGUGAGAGAGAGAGAGAGAGAGAGAGAGAGCGCGCGCGGCGGAGGCGGAGACGGUCAAGAGAGAGAGAGAAGCCACGUGCUACGGGGAACGGGAAUGGUGUUCUCUCGGGCCUCAGUUUGAAACGGGCCAUCAACGAUGCCUACGCACCAUGGCCGCACCAUGAGCAGUCGUACGGAGUCUUCGUGCUCUUCGUAACGUUUCGGUUCUCGUUCUUAUGAUUUACGACGGAUUAACCUUGAUUCCUUAACCGCGAAGAUGUUCGGUAGUAGGCGAGAGAUAAUACCUCGUCGUCAUCGUCGUCGUCGGACGGUCGCGAUCGCUCCGAAUCGUCGGUUCGAUCGAUAGGAAAGAUCGUCGAUCGUCGCGCGACGCCUUCGAAACGAUAUUCCGCGAGGGAACAAAGAAAGAGAGAGAGAGAGAGAGAGAGAUAAAGUCGUUGGAUACUUUUGAAUCGUCCGAUCGUGCGAUGGAACAGCCUCGAGCGUGAUCGAAUAGCGUGCCGCCUGCGACGCUAGCUCUCGCGUCUGGGUUGCGUUCGCUCGCUCGCUCGCUCGCUCUCCUUAACGCCCCGUCGAAUGUGUCUAAUCGCGUUUCUUCUCGCGACGCGAUCGAUCGAUCGGUCGAUCGAUGCUCUCUCGAUCUUUCCCUUCGUCCACGAAGACUCGUAGCGUUCGCCGAUAAAACGUCUCGAGGCAGGCGUCCUCUCGAUAUGGGUAACAGCGGAAGCAGCGGCAACAGCAGAAAGGCACGAAGCUUGCCGAACUCGCCGGAAGCUCACAGAUUACCAUCGCCGUACAACAAGCAAUCGGGUGUCGGUGGUGGUGCCGGGGUUGGGCCAGGGGGUGCCACGAGCAUACCUUUACCCGCGACGGUGGCCGCAACGAGACGAUGUCCUCCGGACAAAGUCAGACCUGCCCCGGCUCCCACGCAUCAGUCUCCUCUCGGAGGUCUGAAGCAAGGGAACGGUGGUGUGGGGAGCGCGAGCAGUUCGAGGAGUACCAGCCCGAGUCAACAACAAACACCGCAGACCGGUCUGUCCUUCAUUCCUCAACCGAGGAGUCAGAACGCGAAUCGGCAAGGCACUGGCGGUACCCCAAGUCCUAGAACGUCGGCCGUGGGCAGACCGAGUGGCAUUAGGACGACGACGACGGCGGCGGCGGCGGCGGCGGCGGCGGCGACGGCGACGGCGACGACGACGACGACGCAGCCUUGCCCGUAUUCCGGUAGUGGAAGUACCACGGCGCAAAACAAAAACUCGGUUCUCGACAAGUUCAAGCUCUUCAACAACAAAGAUAAAAAUCAGGAGAGGGGAAAGGCCACGUCGGGCGUAUCGAAGCGUACGUCGAGUUCGUCCGGUUUUUCCUCGGCACGCUCGGAACACUCGGACAGUUCUACGUCGCUCUGCGAUCAGGGCAGGAUCCAAGUAGAACCGCCGAAGAGCCGAGCGUUAAAGUCCAAGUUGCAAUCGAGCAAGCAGACGGCGAAGCAAGCUAGUCCGAAGACCAUCAGGAAGGAACAGAACAAGACUCAGAGCAGCAAGAUCGCCCGUACGAAGGGAUCGAUACCGGAGAAGCUGACGGGUUAUACAAAUUUGCCGUUGGACGAUGUCAAAAAGGAGGGCGGAAGGAUCGCGAACGUCUGCGCCAAACUACCGGCGGACAAAAAGUCCUCGAACUUGCAAGAUCUAUUGAAAAAUCAUACUUCUACGCAAUCGCAGAAGGGAAAUAAUACGACGGCGACGACGCCGGCGAAACAUAUCGGUCAACAGGAGAGCAAAAAUAUAUCGAAUUCGAGCAGAAACGAGCUUGCGACGAAACAAACGACGCCUCGGCCGAAGAUGGACCUUCCGGGAAAGAUAACGGAUCCGAAAGUUCACUUGCAGGCGCUCAAGGUACCUCCGAACGGGGUCAACAAGGACGUGCUCCUACAAAAGAGUUUGCUAUCCAACGCGAACGGGAUCAUAUCGCGAACGGAGCAGGAAGACGCGAACGUUCCGAACGCGCGAAACAAUCCUAGCCCGUUCGAUCGGCAUACGCAGUGCAUGAACCAAGCGAAUAUGCCGUACGAAAGGGCCGUCGAAAAGGACAUCAACGUCGACGUAGGCGAGUCGAACGCCGUACCGAAUCGAAAGCAGGACUCUUCGAUCUCGGACAACUUAACCGGCACUUCCCCGUGGAAAGCGCAAAACGCGACUCGCGAGGAAGAGAGGAUACCUGCGGACUCCCCGGAGGAGGAGGAAGAGGAGGAGGAGGAGGAGGAGGAGGAGGAGGACGAGACGGAGGCUUCGGCGGUGGCGGAAGAGGAGGAGGGGGAGGGGGAGGGGGAGGAGGAGGUCAAGAGGAACGGUUUGCCCGCCUCGAACGUAUCGAAGCCGAGCUCCUCGCGGGACGGCCCCGGGACGCGAUCCACGUCCGAAAGCAAAGAUUCGAGGAUCAAGGAAGAUAGCACGAAUCCCGAGCCACCUACGAAUCAAGUGCAAAGCGCGAACGUCCAGACGUUUCCAGGAAAACAGAUCCUAGGUGGCCCGUUUCAGGGGCCUACGCUCUCCGUAACCGGUCCCGGUUCUAACAUACCGAAGCCCACGGCUUUGGUAAAGGGUACCUCGAAACCGCCUAAAGAAAACAACGGGCCGAGCGUGCCUACCCCGACCAAACCGAAGGGCGACAUUUUGCAUCGAGCCAAGCUCGAUCCGAACACGGUCGCGAUGGUCUCGCCGAUGCCAAGUAUCUCCGAUCUCAUGUCCGAGAGCUCUCACAGCAAUUCCAACAGCACGGGCCAAAGCAAUUCGAGCGACAGCAGCGUCAUUUACCGACCGAGCAGCGAGAGCGGUAGCGAGAUCAAGACGAUACCUAAUCGGAAGAUAGACACGACCUUCGAACAAAUGGAAAAGGUUUUAUCGGAAGGUUCAACGUGCGGCAGCAGCAGCGGCGUCGGCGGCGGUGGCGGCGGCAGCGGCGGGGGAGGUUCGUUGGCCGACGACGAGGCCGAGAUGACCGUGAAGCCGAUGCAGCCUCUUCUUCGUGGUUACACGCCCGGUGCCAGAGCCCUGCAAACCCUUCCGAGCAGAACGACGGCGCGACAAUACACGAUUCUUCAUUCCUCCUCCCAUCAUCACGUCUCUCACGAUUACGCGGACAUCGACAUAGCUUCGGGUUAUCUCAGCGACGGCGAAGUUCUCCGAGGCGGUGGUAUGAGCGUCGGCAGUAGGACUCUGUCCGAUCUCUGCGACGGUUACAUGUCGGAGGGAGGCGCUUCCUUGUACGCGCGUAGGAUCAAUCCCGCUUACGGUCACGAUCGCGAGAGGUACGUUGGUGGCUCGCGACGAGAAUUGUCCGGGGUGAAGGAACUGGUGAGCUCGCGAAGGGUGCAGAAGAGGCCGUCGGCGAACGCGGUGAGGUCGGAUGGAGCCGGAGGAGGCUGCAUCGUCGCCGGUACCGUCGGUGGAGGUAGCCUCGUUGGAGGAGCAGGAGCCCUGUUAGGCGCUUGCAGCGGUGGGACCGACGCAUUGGCCGAACUCACCAUCGAGGAGCUGGCCUCGAUUCCGGCCGGAAAUCACACCUCCGCCAAUCACACGGGUCAUUCCACUCAUCACAAGAAGGUGCCGGGCGGCGGUGGCGUGAUCGUGGGGGGUGGCGGUAAUUCGGCCACCCCCCAAGGCGCGCAACAGAGUAAUAACCUGGUCUAUCGUGUGGUGAGCUCGAGGCAUCCCGGCAGUGGUCACCAUCCUCACACGAAAAAAUCCGAUAGCUCCCAGCAGACCGAAAGUUCGGCGUUUAAGCAUCAGCAACAACAGCAGGGAUCCAACGGUUCGUCCAACAGCAGCUCCAACAGUCAGCAAUGGAGAAAGUACAUAGAGGCUGGCGCGGCGAGAGACCGAGAGAGAGACAAGGAGGGCGCACCACCGAGCCCUAGUCCCUCCAGAAGAUCCCAGGAUAAACAUCGGAAACAGACCAUGGCCGAGUAUGCGAAUGGCGAGAAGACACAGAAAGUUUCCUCGGGAACGUCGACCGGUAAUAGCAGCAGCAGCGGCGGCGGCGGCGGCGGCGGCGGCGGCGGUGGCGGCAGCAGCAACAAAGUCAGAGGAGUGCCUCAGAGUUUCGGAUACGUGAAACGACACAGUGCCGGUACCAGUCCUAGUCCGAACGGUGUUCAAAAUGGUAGCAAAGACGCGGCGACGAGAACGGCUCAAGUCAGUGCGGUUCCAAGGACGAAGGUUAAAGUGUCCGGCGGAACUCAGACGUGCACCACGGAGCUACAGGCAAAUUCGUCGAGUUCCAAUCAAGGUCAUCACUACAAAAGUUACAGUCUCACCGGGCCGAGCGCCAGUCAAUUGUCUCAAUCCGUUCGAGAUCGUUUGUUGCUCGGUUCGCAGAGCCUACCGAAGCCAGGAAGUCCCGAAUUCACGGCUCUCUUUGCCGCGGCUCAUCACCGCGAAAGAGGAACUGGCGCAGGACCGGUCAGCGCCUCUUUCUCGCCUCGCGUCCUUAAACCUUCCGAUGGAAGCCUCAGCGAUACCUGUAGCAAUUACGCCGCUCCCGAUCUUCCAGGUUACUACACCCCUAACAGUCCCUACGCCACAUCCUGGAUGAGGCACAGCAAUACUUAUACUCCCAGUGGACGUUCGCAAGGUAUGGGAUUGUGCGAAGCCGACAGCGUAGAAUCUCUAGGAUCGCAUAGAGCGAGCUUAACGCAUGCUCGUCUGCUGAUGCAUCAAAGGGACUCUACGGGAUCCCCAGCUCCGCCGAGACUCAAUAGGAGUAAUUCGAUUAGCCAUCUACGGGACAGGACAUUUCCAAGAUCCACUAAAAGCGAGAAAAUGUAUCCAUCGAUGCUAGCACGAGGGAGCGGUACGUCGUCGUCCGUCGGCGAGGAAGCCGGUAUCGGAAUUGGUAUUGGCGUGGGCGUAGAACCAUACUACAGUGUUCCAGUUGGCUCGGCGGGAUGCACCGGCCAACAUUGGUCUCAACCGACUUCGCCGACACCGACGCAUACGUCCCGACAACCACCUAAUUUGUAUCAACACGUACACAAAGACGACGAUAUACACGGCUCCUCCGUAUCCCUAGUGUCGACAGCAAGCAGUCUCUACAGUUCGGCGGAAGAAAAACAGGCACACGAAUUGAGAAAGCUACGUAGAGAGCUGCUGGACGCCCAAGAGAAGGUUCACUCACUGACCAGUCAACUAUCGACCAACGCACACGUCGUGUCCGCCUUCGAACAAUCCCUGUCGAACAUGACGCAACGAUUGCAGCAACUCACGGCAACGGCCGAAAAAAAGGAUUCCGAAUUACAAGAGUUACGGGAAACGAUCGAGAGGCUUCGGAAGCAAAGCGCGGAGGCUGGAUUGAACAACGGGCCGGGAGGAUCGGGCAACAACAACGGACGUCGACACACUCUUGGCGAUUCGGAUUCCGGCAAUACAGGAUGCACGGGCGGCGGUAACGGUGGACAUCAUCAGGGUGCAUCGAUGGCGAGACAGCUGUCGGCGGACAGCGUCACUUCGCUCAACUCCUUGAGCAGCGCUUGUUCCGCGAGCAGUAGUCAUCAGAAGAAGAAGGGUUGGUUGCGUAGUUCCUUUUCGAAAGCAUUCUCCAGGUCGCGAAAGAACAGGCACGGUUCCGUCUCCGAUGCCGAGGAUUGCAAGGACGGUGCCAGCGGAGAAUUGAGCGUCCCGAAUAGCCCGAGAUUACCGACGGCCUCGAAACACGAAAGCGCGAGGAAUCAAAGUGCCGGUAGGAGCAACGGACAAAAAUCGCCGGAACCUGAAAAUCCACUCACCGGGAGCAAGAGCAGCUCGGCUCUUUACAAGAAGGAAGACGAGGACGUGGACGAAUUGAAGAAACAACUCAGGGAAAAGGAUCUCGUUCUCACGGAUAUCAGGCUGGAGGCACUCUCCUCGGCCCAUCAAUUGGAAUCGUUGAAGGACACGGUCAUCAAGAUGAGAAACGAAAUGCUCAAUCUGAAGCAAAACAACGAACGCCUGCAGCGGCUGGUCACUUCGAAAUCCCUUACGUCCUCGCAGUCGUCUCUCCCGAGCGAUCCCGACAGGCGUUUCAGUAUGACCGAGGUGGCCUCGAGCGUUGCUGCCCUUUCCAACGGCGACAGCAGUUCGACUGCCGAUCAAUUGGAAGAUCUCAACGUGCCCGAGCACUCCGUCGUACCGUCUUCGGCGACUUCGGCUACGAGCGGCGAGCCGGCGUUAGACCACGACACGGACGGAAAGAGAAUCAACGUUGCCGUCUAUCUUGGGAGCGAAAAAAAUUUCAAUUACAAUCUAAUAUCGGGUAACAACUCGGACAGUGGCGUCAUCGGCGAGCCUCCGCACUGCGUUAUCGCGAACGUUUGCAUCAGCAACAAGACCAGCUGGGACGCUUUGGACUCGAUCGUACGACGAUGCUUCAAGGAAUACGUGUCGAGGGUCGAUCCCGUCACGAAUUUGGGUCUCGGCGUUGACUGUGUCGCCGCUUACCAUCUCGGCGAAGCUUCGAGGUGUACGACGGACUCUCAGCACCCGGAAUUACUACCGUGCGGUUAUCUGAUAGGACACGUGAAAACUAUUUAUCUGGUGCUCUCGGGUUACUCCUGGCUCGCGAUCGACACUCUGAUACCACGCUCCAUCGUUCAACGACUAAUAUCUUUGUUAACGGAACAUCGCAGAGUCAUCCUUUGCGGACCUAGCGGCACCGGGAAAAGUUACUUGGCAGGAAAAUUGGCCCACGCUCUCGUGGAUGCCGAUACGGACUCGAAAGACGCGGCCGCCGUGGCCACCUUCAUAGUCGAUCACAAGUCGAGCAAAGAACUCAAGCAAUAUCUCGCUCAUAUCGCCGAAAGAUGCGACUCUAAUGCGGCCGACGAAUUGCCGAGAGUGAUAAUAUUGGAGAACCUUCAGCAUGCCGCCUCUCUCGGUGAACUUUUCAGUGGUCUUCUCGGUACCAGGCACUCCUCCUGCCCUGCGAUCAUUGGCACCAUGAGUCAGGCUACCUGCAGCACCACGAAUCUUCAAUUACAUCAUAACUUCAGGUGGGUACUAUGCGCCAAUCACAUGGAGCCGGUUAAAGGAUUUUUGGGCCGUUACCUCAGGCGAAAGCUACUAGAACACGAAUUACGUGAAUCAGGUGGCACGAGAAACGCAGAAAUGGCCGCUGUCGUGGAAUGGUUGCCACGCGUCUGGCUGCAUCUCAACAAGUUCCUAGAAACGCACAGCAGUUCCGACGUAACGAUAGGCCCUCGACUUUUUCUCUCUUGCCCCAUGGAAGUGGCAGGUUCUCAAGUUUGGUUCACGGAUUUGUGGAACUAUUCCGUAAUACCGUAUCUGGUUGAGGCUGUCAGGGAAGGCCUAACGUUGUAUGGAAGACGCGCGAGCGGAAGCGGAAAUGGCGAAUCCACGUGGGAAGAUCCUGCACAAUUCAUUACCUCCAGUUAUCCGUGGAUCUCGACGCACGCCGUACACGAUGGUAGCGACGCUCUUCUUCGCUUGAGGCCCGAGGACGUUGGUUACGACGUCGUUACCUCGGGACAUACCUCGGGCGUAGGUGCGUCCAGCGUAAAGAGCCUCGGCAGUACACACAGCGACACCGAAGGAGAUCCUCUUUUGAACAUGCUGAUGAGACUUCAGGAAGCCGCCAAUUAUUCGAGUCCCCAUAGCAACGACAGCGAUUCCGUCACUUCCCUCGAUUCGUCUCAUACUCGACAUUCGGAGGAUCUCAGUUCCUCGACGUCAUCCUCGAGGGGCGUAGAAUCCGCGCUCUGAAAUAAAAAAUACGACUCGAGAAUAUCGUCUAGAAGGGAGAACGUUUAGGAAACAAUCGGGAUCGUAACAAGAUCAUGAUUACGAAAUUACGAGAUAAUUGUAGGUCAAGCGAUCGAGUAUAGAACGAGACCCCGGAAGGUGAGCGACGGCCGAUCGAUAGAUAAAUGAGCGAUGAGAGCGAGCUACGCGAUCGAACAAGUUUUUCUACGAAAAAAGUGUCGCAUAAACGUAUCCUGGUGCGGCAUACAUUUCCAACGUGAAAAUUAAUAACGUUAAUGUAUGUAUAAUCAUACCAAUAUUAUUAUUAUAUAUUCUCGGCCAUCCAACAACUGUGUAUGAUACGACUAUCGUGCAGGGAGUUUCCUCUUUUUUUUUCUCUUUUUCCUUUUUCUUUUUUCAAUUUCUCUUUCUUUCCUUUGUGUCUUCUUUCAUCCCUCCAAGUAACUAAAUUUAAAUCGCAUGCAAAGUGAUGUCUCAUAUACAUUUAAAAACAUCUUUAUUACCUGUGGUUGGCCUAUAUCCAAGUUCUACGUGCAUCGAGCACUUUGGUGUGAUAUUUAAUUAAAUAAGUAAACGACAACUAUGUAAGGGAUGAUUCCGCCUUUUUUCCGAGGAAUAGAGGUGACGCGGAGAUAAAUCGUACGUCUCCAUGCAAUAAUCAACGCUGCCGUUACCGAAAUACGAAUUUGUUUCGAAUGAAUGCAUUUCUACGAUCGAAUUGUUAUACGAGAGUCAUGCAAAUACAGCCUAUAAAGAAAAAAAAGUGAUAUACUCAAAAGUUUUGCUGGUAUACAGUAUUAUCAUAGAACGUAGAAAUAUGGACUAAGCGAAGAUGUAGGAAUGGCAAAGCCGCUAUUCCACUCGUCCAAUAUUUUCAGGUAAUCUAUAAUCUAUGUUUUCUUAGACGGAUCUCAUGGACGGAUGGUUCGAUGCAGCAUAUAUGUAUUUGUUUCGCACUCGAGAACGCGAAGCAAUUCGAGAUAAUCGUGCGCGCGAGGAUAGUCUAUUUAUACAUACUUUGCUACGAAAGCUCUAUUUAAUUAUAAAAGAACAAAAAUGUUAUUAUAUAUAAUAUACACACGUACGUCUCGGAUAUACGCAUACGUACACGUACCACACACACACGUAAUACGCAUGCGCCUGACAUAUACAUAUACACGAACAUACGCGAAUGACGGCGCUAGAUAUGUAUUAUGAACAAAAACUGAAUAAUUAUUCGAUAAGAUAUGUGAGUAAUUCUGGUCAUGUAAUGUUGUAAAUAAAGUAUAUAAGGGUUAUUGUGCGAAGACGUUGAGGAGGAAGGAGCUAACGUGGAAACUUGACUCAAAGUUUGGUAUCAUAAGCUUGCGAGAAGUCUUGUGGUAACAGAAAGGAAAGUAGUCGAAUGCUGCGACAUUACGCUGACUUGUAGCUUGUUUCGCUCCCACAAGUUUCUCUUUACUGCAAAUCCCGACGAGUACCACGAGCUACAUUCGCUAUACAUAUUGUACAUGUUAUCGAACUGAGAGUAUUCUCAGAUCCCAAUCUGUGACACGAACUUUAAAGUAUGUUAACGAUUAUACAAUCGUAUUAACAGGUUUUUUACGUUUGUACCGUAUUUAUACGCUGUACGGCGCUACAUUCAAAAUUUAUCCAAAUAAUGGUAAUUAUUGUGACAUAAAAUAAACCACAUUAAACUCUAA